GUAUAUGUGAAAUAAAAUGUUCAUCACAUAUUUUAUUUUUUCACAUAUGGAGAAAAUUAUAUUCAGAUAUUUAAAGAGUUUUCAUAAUUUUUAAUGAACCGAAGAAAAAUAAUCAAAAGAGGAAAUAUGUAUAAAAUAAAUAUAAAACUGAUACAAAAAGGAAAAUUAGAAAAAAUAAAUACCACCUAAAAACAUGGGAAACAAGAAAAACAGAAAACUAGAGGAAAUUCCCAAAAAAUGAAAAGAAAAAAACAAAACAUAAAACUGACCGAACCAGGAGAUGUGCUAGACCCAAUUAUGCAUCCUCUUUUGUGUUAUGCCGACAUUUUAAUGGGCGUCGAAUAGGGUUUGUCAGCAUAGCCUGUGAACCUUGUUUUGGGUCACCUAGGCAAAUACAUAAACCCACAUCCUCGCUCGUACUUUUAUCCGAGUGUCAUCUUUGAGUCUUAUUUGAGGCUCGUUGCACUGGAUAGUUGGUUUCUUAACAGGAUUAAAAAGUUAUGGCGGUUUCUAUAAUGAAAAUCCAUGAGAAGGCUCGUUGCUUAAAAAUAUAUAUUAAAAAGGCGUUGUAAAGAAUCAGUUUGGAAAUGGGUUUAAUGCUUUCAAGUCCUUGGAAAAAACCACUAUUUAGAACUUUGCCAAGUUGCACGUUACAGAGGCUAAAAUGACGCAAAGUAAAAUGUGUGAGCUCUAGGUUUGAACGGACGACGUCUCCCCUGCACAGACAGGAAAAUUGCACUCAAUUUCUAAAAUGCGCAACCCCAAUAGCCAAUCAGUACAAGGAUCUUCAUUCCUACGGAUAGUUACCUGUCAAGUGUGAAUGCCGUAGAACAAGAGCAUGGAGUACCAGGAACCGACAGAACCAGCGUACCUAAUAAGCAUCAUGGUUCAAGUCACAUCACGGGGUCUCUCUGGUCAUGGUCAUGGCUUACGGGCCAAGGGGGUAACUCUCAAGGCCUCAGGUUUAUAAGUCAUUGCUUUCCAGUCUAAGGGGUCAGUCAAUUGGGGAAUUUCGUGGAGGACGAUCGCUUGGAGAAACUUUCCAGUCAAAUGUUCCGUCUUGCUUGUCGUCCCCUUAUAUGGUUCGUGCUUCGACCACGCUAUUCUAUCUUAUGCGUAGCCUAUCUCCCGUAGCCCAGUCAUGCAUCCCCUUUGGUGCGCACUGCAAUCUUUGAAAUCUUCUACGCCCAUGUCUCCGAGCUGCUGGUUCCUCGCCUUCGCCUGGGUUUGGUGGCUACCACUGGUGCUCGUGGCGGCUGAGGAGCAGCAGGCGGAAGGCUGCUCGGCCAAGUGCGGCAACCUCACCAUCUCCCACCCGUUCUGGCUCACUGAUUGGGACACGGGAAGAUUAUGUGGUUCACCUGGACCGCCGGAAUUCGAGCUUACAUGCUAUAACAGCACUUAUCCACUUCUACCGAGCUCCGUGCCCAACAACGCCGGCUUUGCAAUCAUGGACGUGUCCUAUAAGGAGCGCGGCUUGCGCGUUGUUGAUCUGCGCAAGCUGCAAUUAUUACAUGACCCACCCAGCAUCUUCAACGACUGCUUGCCGAUCUGGAACACCUCUGCCAAACUGGGCCGCCAGUUUAAGAUCUCCCCCGUCAACCUGGAACUCAUCUUGUACAACUGCACGGAGAAGGCCGCGGCGGCGGCACGCCGGGAAAAAGAACUGGUGCAGGCGAAGACGAUGAGGUGCAUGAACACGAGCAACACGUUUGUUCGCGCGGGAGUGCCAUACGACCGCACCGGGAACUACUCCGGCUAUGCUUUGGAGGACUGCGAUCCAAUCGUCUUGCCGGUGCUGCGCUUGCCGUCUGGCAAGACGAACGCGAGCCACUACGAGCGGCUCAUCCAAAGUGGCUUCCUCCUGAAAUGGGAACUGCCCCCUCCUCAUCCUCCAGGGGACAGUAAAAGGAUGAAAACAGUUUUCAUAGUAGUUGGAUCACUAGGCGCUGCUCUUGCACUAAUGGUGUUCGUCAUCUAUGUCUUGCACCAACGAAGGAGGAAGAAAAAAGCUAUGGCUUCAAAUGAGUUCAUGCGAAGUGGAUCUUCAAUGACGACAUACAGUAAAGACCUUGAGCUGGGUGGUUCUCCUCAUAUCUUCACUUUUGAGGAACUCGAAGUGGCUACUGAUGGAUUUAGUGCUUCAAGGGAGCUUGGUGAUGGUGGCUUUGGAACUGUUUAUAAAGGAAAACUCAAGGAUGGGAGAGUAGUUGCGGUGAAACGCCUUUACAAGAACAACUACAGACGGGUUGAGCAAUUCCUGAAUGAGGUUGACAUCCUAUCCGGCCUGCUCCACCAGAACCUUGUCAUCCUAUAUGGCUGCACGUCUCGGAUGAGCCGUGACCUUCUCCUGGUGUACGAGUUCAUCGCAAAUGGGACCGUCGCGGACCAUCUUCAUGGAUCCCGUUCGGCGGAACGAGGCCUCACAUGGCCUCUGAGGCUGAACAUUGCCAUAGAAACGGCUGAAGCACUGGCCUACCUCCAUGCAGUCGAGAUCAUACACAGGGAUGUGAAGACAACCAACAUAUUACUGGACAAUAACUUCCAUGUCAAAGUUGCAGACUUUGGGCUGUCACGCCUGUUCCCGCUCGAGGUCACCCAUGUCUCGACUGUUCCACAGGGCACACCGGGCUACGUCGACCCUGUGUACCACCAGUGCUACAAGCUGACUGACAAGAGCGACGUCUACAGCUUUGGUGUCGUGUUGGUGGAGCUGAUAUCCUCAAAGCCUGCUGUGGACAUGAGCAGGAGCCACAGUGAGAUCAACCUGGCCAACAUGGCUCUCAACAGGAUUCAGAACCAUGAAGUUGUUCAGCUGGUUGAUCCGGAGCUCGGCUAUGACACCGAUCCCGAAACGAAGAGGACGAUCGACCGCGUGGCCGAGGUGGCCUUCCAGUGCCUGCAGAUGGAGAGGGACCUGAGGCCGUCGAUCAAGGAGGUGGUGGAGAUCCUGACUUGCGUCAGGGACGGAGACUAUCAAUCUAAGAGCAUGAAAAAGAAGGCUUCUCAGAAAGAGGACGCGCACUUGCUCAAGGAGGGCUUGCAGUUUUCGCCUGACACGGUCAUCCAUAGAUUCGAUAGCCAGUCAACUAACCACUCGGUAGCAUCGAAUGCUAGCGGGUUAUGAUGUGCUUUGUAUUGAUUCUGAAGAAAUAAGGCCGCCCUGUCGAUCGGAUGAGCUGUAUAUAGCAUAGAGUUUGCUAAUGAGGUGAUUCAUCUUACUAAUAAGUACAGGCUCAUGGUUGCAGUAACUCUGCAUUUCUAAGCUUGGCAAUGAUUCAAAUGGUAGGUGUAUGUACUAGGAGCAAAUUCCAGGAUAGGCACUGUAAUAUACAUAUAGUCAGUUCAAGUUGACGAAAAGAUUGAAUUCAGAAGUUGAACUGAUCAACAUUCAUAUUAUAAGUAAUCACACUGUACUUAUAUA